ACAUCAAGCUUUCAAGUAGUCAUCUUGUAGUUCCAAGCAUGAGGGCACAUCCUUUCAUUUGACAGCAACCACAUCUCAACAUGGAAUUGUGGCCUCACAACUCUAACCAACUAGCUUCACAACCAAACAUGUUAGGGUUGCUCCAUUACGUCAUCCUGAGAUCUCUCUCUGAUAUGGAGAGGGGCAACAUGCGGUCGAUGAUUGGGGGACUUGUUCAUGACCAGUUAGACCAACAAUUUGAAGAUGCCUAUGCAUUGCAACAAGCAUUUGUGAUCGUGACCAAUCAGAAUCGCAGCUGAUGGUCCACUUCUGUUUUUGAACAAGGCUUCACAUUCUCCCUUCCCAGUCAAACCUAAUAUUCUGCAUUUCUCCGUCUCUUCUGUCCUCUAGACUGCACAAGCGUCCUCCACAUCCCUUGCUCUCUGUCUCUGUCUCUGCGUCGCAGCAAUCACAAUCCUCUCCCGCGCUGUUUGUUCCUUCUAUUCUGGUACUUUCUCCCUCGCCAAUGCAUUGUUCGCCGGACCAGAACCCUGCUUGUUCCUUCUAUUCUGGUACUUUCUCCCUCGCCAAUGCAUUGUUUUUUUUUUUUUUUUUCGCCGGACCAGAACCCGAGUGCUUAACCCUUUAGGCCUUUUCCCCUUUCCGGGUCGGAUUUCGGGUUUAAGCCCAUUAGCGUUGAGCCCAAGUGUUACACCUUUAAGGCUUUAAUUAACGCCUUCUUCGACCGAUUGUUGUUAAACCCUAACGGACUCAACGGAUUCGACCUCAGUUCCUGACCUUCGAUUAUUGGGCAAGAACCUCAAAUCUCAAAUCUUCGCUUCAUGGUCUUUUAAGACCGGGUUUUGUUCCUAGGAAGGAAUACAGAUUCUAAAGAAGCAUUUUCUUUUCGAAAUUGCUAAAGCGGUGAUUUUUAUUAUUAUUGUUAUUAUUAACAAGCAUCCAUCACUUUCGAGGGAGAAUGCCACAUAGAAGUGAGGGCGUGCGUGGCGACGAAGAUGAUUCCACUAUUGAUGAUCAAUGCAGCACUUACUUCGAUGUCUAUGGCCCUCAAGUAAUGUUUCCGUCUUUCUGCGGUUAUAUUCAUCUGGAAUCAGAAUGCAUCUGUUUUUCCUGUGCAGCUGUAUAGGGUUUGGUGUUUCUUCAUAUCCCAAGUGAACUUGGGCAAGGCUGAUGUUAUUUUUAAAACAACUGAGGCUAAUUCAACUUUGAAUCUUCAGGUAGGUUCUUAUGACUACACAAAAUUUUUAGUUUGAUCAGCUAAUUUGUCUCCGCGUUUGUGUUUGAAGCAGGACAUUCAAGGACUGGUAACUUGGGUUCUUGCUGAAGGAUUUAUGCCGUCAUGGGUUUUCAUUAGGAACAAACCUCUUAUUCAAAAAGUGGUUAUGCUCUAUACACCAGGCCUGGAUGCAGCUUUGUACUUGUCACAGUCUAAAAUGCUGCCCUUUUUAAAAAAAUUCUGUGGCAAUCCGAAGGCAGUCUUAGCUCUUAGCUGUGUUUCAGAUGGAAUGCAGACAAUAGAUGCACUCCUUACGUGCAAGCUGAAAAGAAAGAGGGAUGAAAGUAGUUCAGUUACAGAGAAAUCAACCCUGAUAUCUCUGCAAGAAAAAAGCAGUGGUGGUACAGAUAAUAUAUCGUUUAUGGAGCUUACAGAAGGCAUUCCUUUCCCUGUUACAUACUAUACACUUACUGAGAAGGAAUUUGAAGACAAUGGAUAUUCAUUUAAACAGCCAGGUUUUCUUGCUACUUUGCCUGCUCCUUUGGGAUCUUCUCCCUAUGAAAUGCUGGCGCUUGAUUGUGAGAUGUGCAUCACAAGUGAGGGCUUUGAACUUACAAGAAUUACUCUAGUGGAUUUUAAAGGACAGGUCGUGCUUGAUAAAUUGGUUAAACCAUCAAACGCUAUCAUUGAUUACAAUACCAGGUUUAGUGGUAUAACACCUGAGAUGUUAAAUGGGGUCACAACAAAUCUGAAAGACAUUCAGGAUGAAUUUCUAAAGCUGGUUUACCAAGAGACUAUUCUGGUUGGGCAUUCUUUAGAAAAUGAUUUGUUAGCUCUGAAGAUCUCUCAUGAUUUGGUAAUUGACACGGCAGUAUUAUACAAACACUGCCGAGGGUCAUCUCAUAAAACUGCUCUGCGGAUUCUUGCCAAGAAAUUUCUCUCUCGGGAAAUACAGCAAUCAGGGAAUGGACAUGACAGCAUUGAAGAUGCUAGAGCUGCAUUGGAAUUGGCACUAUUGAAGAUCAGACAUGGACCUGACUUUGGUUCUCCCCCAUCCUUCAUGCGGAAAAAGCUCUCUUCCAUUUUGAGCGAGUCUAAAAAAACUUCCUCUUUAGUUGAUAAUAUAUCUACAGUAAAACGAUAUGCUUCUGAGUCGUCCAAUGCGAUUCCAGUGACUUCUGAUGAUGAAGCGCUUGCAAGGACCACCAAGGAGGUGAAAAAUGACAAGGUACAUUUUAUCUGGACACAGUUUUCAGAAUUACAUUCAUACUUGAAGAAGCAAGCUGAGGAUUCAGAGAUCUUGAAUAAAAGACUUGCUGAGAUGAUGUCACUGCUUACUUGUAAGAAGAAUUCUGCUAAAGGUAAAGACAUCAAGCUGAGAGCAACUACUGAAUUGAAGGAAAUUCUAGGUCGCAUGGAUGCUAGAAUUGAAACUCUAUAUAAGUCGUUACCGUCUAAUGCUAUGCUGAUAAUUUGCACCGGUCAUGGAGACACAGCAAUUGUGCACAGACUCAGGAGAAUGCUUGCCGAGCAGGGCGAAACCACGAUAUGUCGUGAGAAGAUUGUGGAAAUCCUAGAAGAGGUUCAGGCUCGAGCGGAGGUAGCCUUGUGUUUUUUAGGUGUGAAGCAUUGAUUAUAACACACAAUGAACAGAAUUUGUUCUUGAGACCUUGUUGCGAGCGUCCGAAAUAGAUAGUAAUAGUUGUGAAUGUAAAUAUUGAUAAUUUUAUUCAGAUAAUUGAAUAGUAAUAUUAAUAAUUUUGUUGCUUGCCGGA